GUGGCUCCAAACCUUCAAGGAUCUCGCGAGACUACCCGGCCACACCGGAAACCCCCCGCGAGAUCUCAGGUCAAAAUGGCGGCUGCCUCUGGCAAACUGCUGGUGGCUGGGAUCCGGGCCCGUAUUGUGAGGUAUAACGUGAAUACCGGGGGGGAGGGGGAAUCCUAACCCAGUCACUGCCAGAGCCAGGACCCCCCCAGGGAAUAUACUGCUUAAUAUCUAAUAUACACUACACCAGGACCCCCCCCGGGGAAUAUACUGCUUAAUAUCUAAUAUACACUACACCAGGACCCCCUCCAGGGAAUAUACUGCUUAAUAUCUAAUAUACACUACACCAGGACCCCCCCCAGGGAAUAUACUGCUUAAUAUCUAAUAUACACUACACCAGGACCCCCCCAGGGAAUAUACUGCUUAAUAUCUAAUAUACACUAUACACUACACCAGGACCCCCCAGGGAAUAUACUACUUAAUAUCUAAUAUACACUACACCAGGACUAGGGAUAUACUGCUUUUAAUAUUCCACAUACACUACACCAGGGACUUCUGUGGGCCAGGCAUGUUUAAUAUCUAAUAUACACUACAAUUAGACCCCCUAGGGAAUAUAACAAGCUUAAUAUCUAAUAUGGGCUACCUUGCCACUCAGGGACCCCCAGGGAAUAUGUCAAGCUAAUAUCUAAUAUACACUACACCAGGACCCCCAGGGAAUAAUAUACUGCUUAAUAUCUACUAUACACUAGCCACCAGGGACCCCUAGGAAUAUAAUACUGCUUAAUAUCUACAUACACUACACCAGGACCCCUUGUGAAUAAUAUACCAUUAUACACUACACUGUGACUCCCUGUGAAGUUUAGUACUCUCAAAGCUAAUAUCUAAUAUACACUAAAACUAGGACUCUAGGAAUAUAAAUGCUAAUAUCUAAUAUACACUACACCAGGACCCCCCCAGGGAAUAUACUGCUUAAUAUCUAAUAUACACUACACCAGGACCCCCCCAGGGAAUAUACUGCUUAAUAUCUAAUAUACACUACACCAGGACCCCCCCAGGGAAUAUACUGCUUAAUAUCUAAUAUACACUACACCAGGACCCCCCCAGGGAAUAUACUGCUUAAUAUCUAAUAUACACUACACCAGGACCCCCCCAGGGAAUAUACUGCUUAAUAUCUAAUAUACACUACACCAGGACCCCCCCAGGGAAUAUACUGCUUAAUAUCUAAUAUACACUACACCAGGACCCCCCCACGGAAUAUACUGCUUAAUAUCUAAUAUACACUACACCAGGACUUCUAGGAAUAUACUGCUUAAUAUCUACUAUAUGUACUACAAUAGACCCCCUAUGUUUGUACGUCCAUUACUCCACAUACACUACACCAGGACCCCCUAGGAAUAUAAUACUGCUUAAUAUCUAAUAUAUACACUACACCAGACCCCCAGGAAUAUACUUUAAUAUCUAAUAUACACUACAAUUGUGACCCCUCAGGGAAUAUACUGCUUAAUAUCUAAUAUACACUACACUAGGAAUCUCUAAGGAAUAAUAUACUGCUUAAUAUCUACUGGUACACUACACCAGGAUCCCCCGAAUAUACUGCUUAAUAUCUAAUAUACACUACACUGUGACUCUCAGGGAAUAUACUGCUUAAUAUCUAAUAUACACUACAAUUAGUACCCCCUAGUAAAUGUCAUACUGCUUACAUUCCACAUACACCAUGUGCCAGAUCCUCCCGGGAAUAUAUAUCGCUUAAUAUCUACCAUACACUACACCAGGACUCCCCCAGGAAUUUACUGCUUAUCAUCUAAUAUACACUACACCAGGACCCCCCCAGGGAAUAUACUGCUUAAUAUCUAAUAUACACUACACCAGGACCCCCCCAGGGAAUAUACUGCUUAAUAUCUAAUAUACACUACACCAGGACCCCCCCAGGGAAUAUACUGCUUAAUAUCUAAUAUACACUACACCAGGACCCCCCCAGGGAAUAUACUGCUUAAUAUCUAAUAUACACUACACCAGGACCCCCCCAGGGAAUAUACUGCUUAAUAUCUAAUAUACACUACACCAGGACCCCCCCAGGGGAAUAUACUGCUUAAUAUCUAAUAUACACUACACCAGGACCCCCCCAGGGAAUAUACUGCUUAAUAUCUAAUAUACACUACACCAGGACCCCCCCAGGGAAUAUACUGCUUAAUAUCUAAUAUACACUACACCAGGACCCCCCCAGGGAAUAUACUGCUUAAUAUCUAAUAUACACUACACCAGGACCCCCCCAGGGAAUAUACUGCUUAAUAUCUAAUAUACACUACACCAGGACCCCCCCAGGGAAUAUACUGCUUAAUAUCUAAUAUACACUACACCAGAGGACCCCCCCCCCAGGGAAUAUACUGCUUAAUAUCUAAUAUACACUACACCAGAGGGACCCCCGGUGGAAUAUACUCCUUAAUAUAGACUACACCAGGACUGACCAACAUCUAGAGCACUAGCUGGUCUAAAACUACAGCUCCCAUGAUGCUUUGCCAUUCUAAAGGCAUUCUAAAAUUAUGCUGAGCAUCAUGGGAGCUGUAGUCCUACAACAUCUGGGGAUGCCCUGGAUUAGGCCAGCAUUCUUUAUUUAUUCAUUUCUUUAUACAGAGGCAAAAUGAAAGGGACAAUAUAAUGGCAAAUUUGAUAGAUAUUUUUGUUUAAAUUUGUUCCUGGACCUCCCUUCCCCAUAUUUGUUUGAUAGAUAUUAACCAAUUCCUUGUUUUUAUUCCUAUGCCAAGACCUAGCCUUAUCAGUCCCCUUACUUCGCAUCCCACUUAUUGACUUCUUUUCCAGUCAAAUGAGUAGAGAAGAGUAGAGGUUGAAAAUUGCUGGUGCAGCAAACUCCACAUUCCACCAGGCAAAUGCUUCUUAUAGAGACGAUUUGAAUCCCGUGCUUCAUUAUGAGAAGCAUCUGAGCUGCAUGAAUUGUACUGGUGUUUUGACAUAGUCAAGAACCAGGUUUGACCUCUGUGUGAAUAAGGCCGCACCAUCUAAUAGCUGUCAGGUUGACAGCCUCUGGUGGUGUGUAGCUUCACAAUAGGUCCCAGUACCCAAGGCCAUUUCAUUAAGAUAAUAUGGUCUUGGUGCUUAGAAUGUUGCUUAAUAAAAACAAAAGUGUAUUGCAGUUCGGCAAAUAGGAUUUAGUUUUGAAGUAAAUGUCGGUUCAUCCCCUAACCACAACUAGCAUGAGUUCAAUUAAUAUACGCUUGUCUAGUGAGGCUCACAGUUUCCUUAAUUGCUAGGUUCUAAAAAUGCCAGUCUGUAUUCCUAGCAUUAUUGUUUCCUGCUCUCCCCUACUGUGAGGGUUAUUAAACCCUUACUGAUUGACUGACAGCCACUAGAGGCAGUCUUAGUCCUGCAAGGUAAUUAUUGCAGUUUCUCUAAAGUGUGACAGGGACAUUGUUCACCCAGACCUUCAAUGAGCUGAAGUGGUCUGUGUACCUAUAGUGUCCCUUUAAUUUUAUAUGCAGACACAUGUGGGAAUGCGAACAGGAUUCCUGUUAAAAAUAAAAUGGGAAUCUCACGUUUUCCCCAGGCAUGUGGUUUACGUAAUAAUUCUGAAAGUGAAGAAAAAAAAAAAAAAAAGUACAGAUGUGGUAGAGAAAAUUUUUCAUGACCAUCAUAACUGGUCUACGUUUAGAGGAAAAGCAGUGUUAAUUUUAUCACUGAUUCAUAUCCUCAUUGUAUAUUAUUAUUUGUGUUCUCAAGUUUUACCCAGGUAAGAUGGACCAGAUACAGCCCUUUAUACCUGGAUCCAGAAGUCAACAAAGAACAUUAUCGCCGACCUGUGGACGAAUUAAGUGAAGAAGAGCGUGCGGAAUGGGAACUUAAAUCCGUCAAACCGAUCAAGGCAUCUCCAGCUAAUGUAACAAGUUCAGUUUUUACAGACCCAACUAUUAGGUAUGGAGCAAGUUCUGAGAAUCUGUAUGUAACCCAGGCUGCAAGGCAACUCAAUCUAUGACAAACCUGCUGUAAAAAAAAAAAAAAUAAAAUGAAUUGCUAAACAGAGAAUUAUGUAGAACUGAUAAGAAGUAAAAUAGCCAGAAUUCCUCCCUUUAUCAUGGCCGUUUGAACACUAUAUAGUCCUUUUCUAAUUGUAUGCAGGUUAUAAUUUGGUAUUUGGAAGGUGUGGUUUGCUCAGUAUCAUAUAAUUUUGUGUUUGUUUUUCUGUAAUUUCAGUAAAUUUACCAAUAUGAUGAUGAAAGGAGGUAACAAGAUUCUGUCUCGCUCUAUAAUGAACCAGGUUAGUACCGUUUAUAAAGUUACGCGUAUGCUUACACAGGAUGUGACAAAAUGUACCUUGUUUAUCAUUUAUACUUAGAAGGACAAGUCCAUCAAGAGAAACUAUUUAUUUGAAUUUCCCAUUCUUUACUGGAAAACUUUGUAAUGUUGGUUAAAAAAUAUUUAAUGAAAUAUCAGACAUAUAAAGCAAAAUAGAAACCGUACAGUACAUAAGAAAUCAGUGCAAGUAUAAGCGCGCAAUCAUAAGAUUUGAGUAUUUGGCGGUGUGGAAUGUUGCCAAUGAAUUAAGCCAUAGUAGACAUGGAAGGCUUCUAAAAUUAAACUUCAGUAAUGAAAGAAAAAAGAAACCUUUUACAUGUGGAGGAAAGGGUUUUGGGAAAUUUGAUAUUUGGACAUUUAUUUAUAUGUUCAGUGUGACGGUUUGUGGAAAACCAAGAUUUCGCUCAUAUUCUUUUUUCUUUCUCUUUCAUUUUAAUGAUUUAAAAACCGUUUAAGGAAAUAAAAAAAGGGAGUUAACAAUGUGCUAUUAUAAGAAAUGCAUUAUGUGCAAAUUUAUGGUUGGUUAAAUUAUUUUAGAAAAAAAUAAAACUACUAGUUUUUAAAAUCUAUUGAGUUUAUCAAUUCAUCAAUAAUUUUGUACUUAAAAAAAAACAAAAACUUUUUUUUCUUUUUUUAAAAAGCAGACACCCAUUGUCAUUGUGUAUUGUUGUGGUAGCCUAGAAUUAGUCCAACUUGCAAACCACAGAAACCAGUACACUUAAAGGAAUUUGAACUGACUUACCUGGCCCUCCGCUCCACCACUGCAAUCGGCUUACACUUCUAUAACACCCACCUCCGAUCUGUCCUCUACUCCUCCUGCAGACUUCACUGAUUUGCCCUGUCAAGCAGGGCAGACCAUCUCCAUGAUACGACAUGCUGGCUUUGUUGCCAGCAACCUGGUGUCUGAACAAAUUGACGUCAUGUCACUCUGUUUUUAUACCCCCGAGCCUGCACUGGCAGCUCCAGCUAAGAAUGUACCAUAGCAACCACAGGUCAUGCGUUAUGGGUGGGUGUUUUUUUUUUUUUUUUGCUCUCGUUUAUCAAUCAAAUCUUGAUUCAUUGGGUGAGUCAAAAAUCUUUUUGAAAAGAGAAACCAUAGUUUUGGGCACUAUAACAUUCCAACCAUAUGACAUGGGUUUGUCCUUGGAUUAAUCUGAAUAAAUGCAUUUAAUACGGUUUGUUUUUAAAUAGACUUUGGAACAGAUUAAACGAAUCCAGUUGGAAAAAUAUUACAAGGCUUCAGAAGAGGAGAGGAAUAACAUUGAAUGUAAUCCAUACACAAUCUUUCACCAGGCUCUGGACAAUUGCAAGCCCAUUAUUGGUCUCACUGGCAUUUUAAGAGGAGGCAAAUCUUAUCAGGUAAUCACAAUGAGGCACAGCAAAUCCAGAGUAGCUCUUAACCGUGACACUCAAGGGAGAGUUCAAGGUGAUUUCAAAGUGAAUUUCAAAUUCAAGAUUAAAGUAGUUGGAACUGAAAAAUUCUGUCAGAUAUGUUUUUCAAUUCAACUACUUUGGUCUUAAAUUUGAAAUUCACUUUCUAAUUCUCAUUUUAGUAAAUAACCUUUGAUAAAACGCUUACCUAUUUUCAUCGUAGGUCCCUACACCUCUGACUGAUAGCAGACGUCGAUUCCUGGCAAUGAAGUGGUUGAUUAAAGAAUGUCGUGAACAUAAGCACCGGAGGACCCUAAUGUACGAGAAGCUUUCUCAGACUCUCAUUGAUGCCUUCCAUGGGGAGGGGCAAGUGAUCAAAAAAAAGCACGAGUUGCACAAGAUGGCAGAGGCAAACAGAGCAUUUGCUCACUUUCGUUGGUGGUAGGCAUUUGCCAAUGUCUGUGGAUAUCCAUGAACCUUGGGAAUAAAACUAUAAGACUAUCUGAUCAACUUAUAUAACGUGCUUACAUGGGAUGCUUCUGUCCUGCACUUGUUGGAGAUCUUGAAAAUUGUGACUGUAAAUACUUUUUUUUUUUUUUUUCUCACAUAUGUACACCCAAUAAAUAAAAAUCUAUUUAAAAUCAGUUUUUGCAAAAAAAAUGUUUUUCCAGUAAUCCUCAGACAUUUAUAGAUCUUACUAAGCCAUAAUUAGUGUAUCAAUCGAUUACUUAGUUUAAACAAGGUCGUGAAAACCCUCUGUAUUCAAAAUUUCAAGACCUUAAAGGGACACUCAAAUUAUCAUAACCACUACAGCCUGCUGUAGUGGAGCAAAGCACUGUAACGUAGGGCCAGCGCAGUGGCUGAGAGAGUCAGCUGAUCGCUCCCAGCAAAAAAAAACAACAAAAACAACCAAAAAAACGAACUGUACAGCUUAUCUCUGUGGCAGAACUUCUAGCUACAUGACCAAUCUAUUUGUUCAGACUGUUCUUAAAUUAGUUGAUUAUUUACUGUUGGAGGGCACUCUUGGCUCCGUAAUCAUUGCAGCAUGCUGCAGUGCUCAUGGUACUUGGUGUCAAAACGGUUACGUACUACAAAUCAUUUUUUUUCUCAGCGGUAGUAUGACUUCCUACACCUAUCCAAUAAAUGUCUAUUUGUUAGCUUUGUCACUGGUGUCUGUGUAAUUCUUGGGAAAUACAAGUUCAUGGAUACUUGGUAAGGUUUGACGGGUAUAUAAGAGGGGAAUAGGUGGUUUAAUCUGUAUACAUUUUAUUUUAACUAUAUGCUUUCGUUAACUAGUCUAGUAUAGGGCAAAUACCCAGGUGUGCUAAUGCAAUACAACAGGAAAUAUUGUUUUAAAUUGAUUUGUAAAAAGAAACGAGAGAGAUUUUUCAAAAUUUAUUAAACCCUUAUUAAAAUGUCACAAUUGAUCUCCCAGGUCUAUAUUGCUUAAAAUUACAAAUGAUGAGUAGAACUUCUAAAAAGAAAAGUAGAAAAACAGGCCAUGAAAAGUGGGAAGUUUUAAAAUACAAAAUAUAAAACAGUCUUAAUGUCAAAAUAUCCUUGUUGCUCUCAGGUUUAGAAUUGGCAGUUGUAAGUUAUUAAUAUCCUUGUCGAUACAGAGGAAGUCUGAGCAACAGGCUUAUUAUAUAUAAUAAUAAUAAUAAUAAAAAAAAUUGAAUUCUCAUAAAAUGACCUUGAUGUUUCAGCUCACACAGCACAAAAAUCCAAACUAGAUACAAAACGGUUCCUCUCUUUAGAAAGAGAAAACUAUAAAAAGAUCCCGAGAGCUAAGCGCAGCCGGCACCAAAGACCCAGGUAUUGCUCAAAGCUUGGAUCGUUCGGAGGUUCUAGAUUCUGAAACAGAUUUUAAUGAUGAGUGUAUAACCAUUUGGUGGUUUGUUUUUUUUGCAUUUCUGUAAGUCUGCAUUUUUUAGUAAGACUUUGUUCUUGUUUUUUUUGCCCGUGGGGGAAAACAAGUCUCAAGUCUGGAUUCCAGCUCCAAAUGUUUUUAAAUGAUUGUUUUUGUAGAACUGUUCACUUGUAGAAGUAAAGCCAAAUUCAUUUUGAAUGCUUAAAGAACGAACAGUAUAUUGUAUACUCCUGGCAAUGAAUGGUAGAGUUGUUGAUUCACAUUCCUGAGUUGGAUGGGCAUAUUUUAACUCUGCCACUUUGGCAUUUUGUACCUCCAAAUUCCAUUUGGCAAAUAAUUAUAUUGAGCAGAGUGAAACUUACAGUUUUUGGUUAUUUUGAGAAUAAAACUGGACAUGUUUUGGUGUGCACAAGUAAUAAUUAAGGUCUAGAGUAUAUUCUGUUUUCAUUCACCUCUCUAAACAAAUUUUUAGAGAAGGAAAAACCAAAAUCAGAAUUCUACACUUUGUUGAUGGCAGAUUGCAGUUAAUCCGGAUUAAUCUUUACACUGAAACCAUUAUCCUGUUCACAAAAAUCCAUCCAGAUGGUAUACUUGAAGGGGCUCCAUCGCCUCCAAGGGAUACAAGUCUAUAUAGUUGUGGAAGAUUGCUUUACAGUGCAGACUCGGUUGAAUAUCAGAGCACCAUCAAAGUUGAUUGCUGAGAACAGGAAUCUAGACCAGUUAGCUGGCAUAUUAUUGUAAAAUAUCAGCAAUUUGUGAGUUUUAAAAUGUAACUCCGUUGUUACUACAGGAAGAUUUGAUUAUUUCGGCACCAUGCAGUCCACAGUUGCAAAAAGGCCCGAUACUCUCACAGACCUCACCUAUAAAAACUCUACCUGCAAGAGACACAACUUUUCUAGUAGAUACAUUCCAAAAGCCAUAAACCAUAUCUGCUGGAUUUUACUUCGCUCAGAGGCAAGCAGCUGCAAUUCUAGUGGUUAUUUUGUUCAAGCAGAGGCAUAGCGUAAAAUGCUGAUACCUAUAUAGUAAUGCCAGUUGGUAGCCUUCAGCGUUGCAAAUUUAUAUUCUCAACCAGUGCACUCAGCUUUGUCUAAGCUGGAUGAGGUUGUAAAACUAAAGCAAAUUUCACCAUGUAUUACAAUGGUUCCAUAGGUGAAGCAACAAUUUUACGAUGAGCAUAAAACUAUAACAUUACUACCAGCACCACUACCACACUAAAAACCUUUCAACAAUUCAGCAGGAAUUAUAAGUGUGUUAAUAAAAAUGUAAUUAUAAAAUGAAGAGAUUCUGAAAGAUACGAUGCAGAACUGUUUUCAGCUAAAUAUUUAAUCUCUAUAUUAUUAGCUAGCCACCAAGGCAGAACAUGAAUCUUAAUGCCAUUUGAAACUGGUUUCUGUCUGUCUUUAUUUUUUUUUAUAAACUUGAUUCCCUUUAAGUAGAUCUUUUAAAAAAAAUAAAAAAAUAAAUAAAUCUAAUUUUGAUUUUGAGGACUGAAUGAUGCUGUCUUGAGUUUUUGGCAAAUUUCAUCCAAUCAACAACCCUUUUGGGCUGCAGGUUACCCAUAUCAAUCCAUUCGGGUAGUGCUGCCCUAAACAUGACACUUCAGUUCUUUUGUACCUGUGUUGUUAAAAUGUUUGCUUUUGUAGAAUCAUUGUAUAUUAUUAUACAGAAAUCCACAAUCUGUUGCUGCUUAUAAAUCGGUUCGGCUGUAAAUUUAAAAAAAUCCUUGCGCUGUCAUUCUGAUUAUCGUCCAGGUUCAGAGCAAAGUCUUGUCUUUUACAAAGUCUUUAAAAUGUGCUUGAAUAAAGUAAUUUUUGAAAAAAGGUGCAAAGUAUUCCAAACUCUUCUGGCGGCUAAAAGUAGAAUAAAUUCCUUUACCUAUGAUUUAAAACCAAAUAGAGCGUUCCCAUAAAUUCAUUGUUUUUGGUGUGAUCACACUCCACUGGAGCCAUUACUUAUGGGAUAUUCGAUCUUUCUAAUGGAGAGGCAAAACAAUCUCAGAAAUCUUUGCAAGUACACCACCUUCAUGUCAGCCACAAGAUCUAGUAGCGACCAUGUCCUAAGAAACUUGAGAAAGGUUAUAACAGUCAUAUGGAGGGCGGGUGGUAAAGGUGUUAUCCUGAGGCCAAGAUGGUCGACAUCCAUGGGUUCUAUGUUGAGCUGGACCAGGCAUUUUGGAAGCACCACAGCUGUUCCACAAUCUGCUCCAAAGGGCACUUUGAUGUGGACUGGGAAGAAGUGAGAUUGUAAAGUAAACAUAAAUAAAUAAAACAAUCUUGCAGAGUUCCAUAAAGUUCCACCAUCUCCUAAGAAGGCAGGACAUUAACAGGAGGACUUCCAGUGGGAGGUGCAGGAUGGUGGUUGUAGUUGCAAGGAUAUCGGAGGCUGCUUAUCCUCUCCAGUUAAGGCAUCAAAUAUCCUAUAAAUUAUGGCUCUCAUGGUUCGUGACCACUAUUAGAUGAAAAUCCAUCCUACGUUGGAGUCACUCUGACACUUCGCUGUAGUAAUAUUUGUGAGCGGCGUCUGUCAUUUUCCAGCCAGCUGCCCGAAAUUCAAUCAUCUCAAGCAACAAGAGCUGAGCCAUUGAACUAAGGUCUCCCUGCAGGAGAAAUCUGUCUCUCAGUAAAGAGAAGAGCUCAUCCAUGCGCUGGGCAUUCAUUUUCUCCAACUGCUCCCCCACACGAUGGAGCUGUAGCACAAGGCAGUCUACCUAUAAUACAAAAUGUAGUUAGUGGAAAACAGAUCAUUCGGCUAUUGAAGUUUAAUUUUUAUGAAAGGAUCAGAUCUGACACAGACCAUAGAUGAAGACAUCGCAGCACUAUAG